AUGUAUUGCAAUACACCACUUCAUCCUGUAAUUUCUAAAAAGACUGGACACUUGUUUGAAAAGAGUUUGAUCUUAAAGUAUAUUGAAGAACACGGAAAGUGUCCAAUUACUGGACAAGAUUUAACUCCUAAUGAUUUAAUUGAUGUAAUUUAUAAGAAAGGCACUGAAUCAUCGGUGAAGCCUAGUCAAGCUAUUGCCAGUAUUCCAAGCAUGUUACAAACAUUCCAAAAUGAAUGGGACUCUGUAAUGUUGGAAACUUUUACUUUGAGACAACAAUUGGAUAAAUCAAGAAAGGAACUUUCACACUCACUUUAUCAACAUGAUGCUGCUUGCAGAGUUAUUGCAAGAUUAAUGAAGGAUAAUGAUGACACAAAGAGUAUUCUCAGAAAAAAUCAAAAUAAUAUGGAAGAUGAAACUUCUAAUACUCUCUCAGAGACUGUUUCAGAAAGACUUACAAAUACUGCAGAAAUUCUCUCAUCAAAUAGAAAACAAAGAACUAUUUCACCAUCUCUUAAAUCACCAGAGGAAAUGUCAAAUUCCAACACUCGUUUGUUAAAUAGUGAAUACAGACUCCAUCAAGGAAAGGGUAUUCAAUCCAUUGACGUUUUAAAUUCAUUGAUUUUAACUGGAGGUAGAGAUGGAUCAAUUUCAGUUUUUGAUAAGCAAUAUAAUACUUGUAUUGGAGAGUUGAAUUCUAAUUCUGGACCUGUAAAUUGUGCCAUUUUCCACAAUACUCCUGAAUUUGCCUUUUCAAGUCACAAUAGAGAUGUUAAAAUAUGGUCUCUUAAGGAUUCUACCUGUCUUCACACUAUGGAAAAACUUCAUUUGGAACGUGUUACUGGACUUGCCUUGCAUCAAUCUGGUCACUACUUCUUGACAUCAUCUCUCGAUCAGACAUGGUCUUUCUGUGAAAUUGAAACUGGAACUAGUUUGUUAAAGAGUAGCAAUGAUGAAUCAGGAUAUACUUGUAUUCAAUUCCAUCCAGAUGGUUUAUUAUUUGGUACUGGUCUUCAAAAUAAUGCUGUAAAGAUUUGGGACGUCAAGUCUCAACAAGUAGCUGCUACAUUACAAGGACACUCUGGAGAAGUUACCUCACUUUCAUUCUCUGAAAAUGGUUACUAUCUCGCUUCUUCAUCAAAGGAUAAGACUGUUCGUAUUUGGGAUUUAAGAAAAGUGGUACCUCUGCACACAUUGCAAUUCAAUUCACCAGUUAGCAAUGCUUCCUUCGACUAUUCUGGUAUUUAUCUAGGUGCAACCUGUACUGAUGGUACUGUUGGAGUUUAUCAAGCUAAGGUUUGGACUGAACUCAUUAAUACAACAGUUCCAAACACCUGUUCUCCAUCAAGCAUUCGCUUUGGACCUAAUGCUACUGAGAAACUUGUCUCCGAUGAAACAGAAGAUCCAUCUUCCUACAAACAAGAUUUGUUAGAAUUAGAUAGCAGAUUUUAUAUUAACAGUUUCCGCUUGAGAGCUGCCGGUGAAUUAGCAAAAUUUGCAGCUAAAUUCGGAUUAUCAGAAACUUGGUCUGAUUCAACCCAAUUAGAUGAAUUGUUGUGUAGUAUUGGCACAUUUAGACAAGACAGUACAAUCAUACUAACUCAGGAAAACUCUGAUGAAGUGGAGGAAUAUGUUGAAUUUCCUAACUUGAUUGAGUUGGGAGAAGCUUACCAAUCAGUUGCAGAGUACACUUUCACAUUCAUUCAUCCACUUUUGAUUGCAGAAUUGAGUGCUCAUUUCGAACAUCAAAAUAGCAUUCCUAUUGAAUUAUUGGAAAAAGUAUUCGAAAAUGAAUAUGAAGAAUAUGUUCGUCCAAAGAAAUUGAGAAAACCAAAUUCCAAUGAAGAAAGCAUCGAUGGAAUAAGAGAAUGGUUAAGCCAUAAUGAUGAAUAUGUAUUCUUCACCAAUAUCCUAUUGUAUUACAAUACACCUGAACGUGUCUUUUCUCUUUUGGAAAAACCAAAAAUUGGAAAGGAAAAAGUGAAAAAUAUUUUACAACCACUGCUGAUGAAAUUUGAAGAUAUUGCAGAUGAAUAUUGGAUUUUAAUUAUGGAAUUUAUUGAAGAUCCAUUUUCAUUGACAAGAUUUGGAAUGGCUCAUUCGAAAUUCUACAAUAUUCUUUGUAAGAAUCGAAAAGAAUGGUAUGCAGAAUUCAAAAGAAAUAUUGGAUUAUUCUCAUACCUGAGCUAA